AUGCCAGCGAGGAACCCGAGAAAGGCGAAGGCGCGCCCCAAAAGCCCAAUGCGUGGUGCGCAAAGCAAAAGACAACGUCUCAUGUGCCCAUCGGAUGCACUUGAGAGUGACGAUCAGGGUGAUGAUCGAGAUGUCCAGCAAAAGCAAGCCCAAAAUAUUGAUUCAGACAAAAAUGAAGCAAACCGAUCCCUGAAUUGGGACGCGAUAGUUGCCCAUGUCGCUGAACAGCCGUAUCCUUCCCAAAUCCAACAAUACAAAGAAUGGAGAAGAGCUGGUUCAAAGCGCGAGGACUACUGCUGCAUCUGCCAUGAGUCCGAACGUCUCGAGCAUUGUCAUACCUGCAAACUCGCAUUCCAUCAAGAGUGCUUACCCCCGGGCUGCGCACGUAAUUCCUAUAAUCACCUUUUUUGCUCGAUAUGCGUCCGUCGAGGCUGGCACAAAGCACCUCCAGUACUUACCCCACCCGCUUCUCCUCAGCCUGCUCCCGCCCAAAUUCAUCAUCCUCCCAGCCCUACAACCAUGGGGACCAACUCGAAUGCUGCGUCGAUUCCUCAUCUACUAGGUCCUGCACCAAGCCUAGAACUGCAACGAGAGGGACUUCGGACCCAAUCCGCUCUUGGAGAAUCCGAACCUAACGCAAUUGAUCUAAAUUCAAGCCACGGCAUAACUGAUUUGGGGCCUGCUGUCCAGACCGCUGCAGAAAACCCUCAACCCACUGGACGCAAACGAAAAUCGCGGUAUAGCACGCAGCCCAGUGAUGUGGAUGCAUCUCUUGCUGUCCAGACUGGUACAGAUAGCCCUCAACCUGCUCAACGCCAACGGAAAUCGCGGUAUAGCUCGCUGUCCAGUGAUGUGGAUGCAUCGCUUGGUGUUCUAUAUCGGGAACUCGAAUCAAUCGCAUCGCUCCGAGCCCAAAUCGAGGAGUUGCGUACCCAAAACACUCAAUACGCCCAAACCAUCAAAAUUCACGAACAAGCCCAAGUCGCUCUGCGGAGAGAUCUCGGGAAAUUGCGAGAAAAUGUCGCCAACUCUGAAAGUACUACCAAGGAAAUCAGUGACCUUCGAGAAAGAAAUGCAGCCUUAGAAGCCGAACUGCUGGCUUCAAAAGAGCAGACAGCUGCGGCGAAGGAACUAAAGGAAAGACUCGCUCAGUUGCUCAACACCUAA